GCAUGUGGACGAGUUCAGUCCUCGUGCUGUAUACACCAGUGGAAAAGCCUCCAGUGCUGCUGGUCUAACAGCAGCUGUUGUAAAAGAUGAAGAGUCUCACGAAUUUGUCAUUGAAGCUGGAGCACUGAUGCUGGCGGAUAAUGGGGUUUGUUGCAUUGAUGAAUUUGACAAAAUGGACGUGCGGGAUCAAGUAGCCAUUCAUGAAGCAAUGGAGCAGCAGACUAUAUCCAUUACUAAAGCAGGAGUAAAGGCUACCCUGAAUGCCAGGACCUCCAUUUUGGCUGCAGCAAACCCAGUUGGCGGGCGCUAUGACAGAUCCAAGUCACUGAAACAGAAUAUAAACCUGUCAGCUCCUAUCAUGUCUCGCUUUGAUCUCUUCUUCAUCCUUGUGGAUGAAUGUAAUGAGGUUACAGAUUACGCCAUUGCCAGACGCAUAGUGGAUCUGCAUUCCAGAGUAGAAGAAUCUGUUGAUCGUGUCUAUUCAUUAGAUGAUAUCAGAAGGUAUCUGCUGUUUGCAAGACAGUUUAAACCGAAGAUAUCUAAGGAGUCUGAGGACUUUAUAGUGGAGCAGUAUAAACGACUACGGCAGCGUGAUGGCUCUGGAGUGACAAAGUCGUCCUGGAGAAUCACAGUGCGACAGUUGGAAAGCAUGAUUCGGCUGUCUGAAGCUAUGGCCCGUAUGCACUGCUGUGAUGAGGUUCAUCCAAAACAUGUAAAGGAAGCUUUCAGGCUUUUAAAUAAGUCCAUCAUUAGAGUUGAGACACCUGACAUCAAUUUAGACCAAGAUGAUGAACAGCAAAUGGAGGAUCAAGAGGACCAGGAUGGAGUCAAUGGUGAGGUAGAAGCUCCAGCUGGGGUCAAUGGCCCUGUGAAUGGGAUCAAUGGCCAUUCUGAGGACAUGAACAAGGAUGCUGCACCCAAAGCUUCUCUUAGACUGGGCUUCUCUGAGUAUCGACGAAUUUCUAAUCUCCUGGUGCUGCACCUCAGGAAAGCAGAGGAAGAAGAGGACGAUUCAUCAUUAAAGAAGAGUGAACUUAUUAAUUGGUAUCUAAAAGAAAUUGAAUCUGAAAUAGAAUCUGAAGAAGAAUUAAUAAAUAAAAAGAAGAUCAUAGAGAGAGUCAUUCACCGACUUACACAUUAUGACCACAUACUGAUAGAACUGUCCCAGUCAGGACUGAGAGGAUCCAGAGAAGAGGAGACUUUUGAUGAAGAUCCAUACCUGGUUGUCAACCCAAACUAUCUGCUGGAAGACUAAGGGCUGAGAACUGGAUUGUAGAGCUGACUAGUUACAUGUUGAAAAAUGCGUUCUAUCCUUGCAAGAGUUGCUGUAUAGCUAACAUCUUCAAUUCCUACGAAUGCUUUACUGGGGAAUGUGCCGAUGUGCGGUUAGUAAUAUA